AUGCAUCUUGGCUCACUUCAAACUGGUCAUCUUGACCAGAAUGCAAUACAGCUUUUGGGUAUUUUCUCAUGUAUCGGUAAUGGUCUCCCGGCAAAUUUUUUUGAACGUGCCCAUAACAGUCUUAUCUGGGGUUCCGAUGGACAGCCGCUUUGCCCUGGGACAGGCGCUCCAGAAGACCAUGAGCGAAUACUUCGUCUUCUCAUAGAAUUUGGGCUCGUCAUACCUUUACCAAACAACGGCGGCGACACAAUAAUGAUUCAUCCUGAGGUACCCCGGCUUCUAUCCAGCUUCAGCAGUGAUGAUGAGAGAAACGAAUGGAAACUUUUAGCCAUCAAUGCCGUACUUCACGCCUACCCCAAGGAUGCCCAGCUGUCACCCGUUGAGUACGCUCGAGACUUUCAAGCAAAUGAAUAUUGCUGA